AUGAAGGUGCCUGCCCGGACUAAUCUAAUUAAAGGAACAGAGCGUGUCGCCAUGGGAACAGAAGCACCGAGGCACAGAGCGGCACACGGCACAGAGGAGGCCGGACGUGUAGGAGCUUUUAGAACUUUUUGGGAUAUUCGACAUGUCCUGGAAUGUGUAGGCUUCCAAAUACCGGACGGUACAAUAUCCCAGUGGAAUACCAAUUCGGCGGUGGAAGAGAACAAUGGAUAA